CGUCCUUCUCUUGGCCAUUCUCGGUCCAUGAUGGCGUGGUCCCCAGUGCUCCUUGGCAUCCUGGUCUUGUCUGUUUUCCCGGGGCCUAGCGGAGCUGAUCGUGCCAUGCCCAAGCUGGCUGACCGGAAGCUGUGUGCGGAUGAGGAAUGCAGCCAUCCUAUCUCCAUGGCUGUGGCCCUUCAGGAUUACGUGGCCCCUGACUGCCGCUUCUUGACCGUAUACAGGGGCCAAGUGGUGUAUGUCUUCUCCAAGCUGAAGGGCCGUGGGCGGCUCUUCUGGGGAGGCAGUGUCCAGGGAGAAUACUAUGGAGACGCGGCUGCCCGCCUGGGCUAUUUCCCCAGUAGCAUUGUUCGGGAGGACUUGACUCUGAAACCUGGCAAAAUUGAUAUGAAGACAGAUAAAUGGGAUUUCUACUGCCAGUGAACUCAGCCUACGGCUAUCCCUGCGGUUUACCCUUCAGGCUCUAUGCAAAACGCAAAUACAACAGCCAACUACAAA